AUGCGCCUGAUCAAUGUUGAUACAUUCAAUCUGAAGGAAUUCUAUGGAUCAGUGCCCCGCUAUGCUAUACUCUCACAUAUAUGGGGAGCCGAUCACGAGGAACUGUCAUUUCGCGACAUCACCGAGAAAAGUAUCAAAAGACAGAGUUUACCAUUCAAAGUCGCGAAAUGCUGCGAACAGGCAAAGAAAGACGGCAUUCAGUAUGCAUGGGUUGACACCUGCUGCAUUGACAAGACCAACUCAGUCGAACUCGGCGAGGCAAUUAACUCCAUGUUCCGAUGGUAUCAUGAAGCUGCCGUUUGCUAUGCCUACCUAGCCGACGUCACCAUUGAGGAUAAUAACCAUUUCCCAUUGACUCAGUUCAGUUCAUGCCGCUGGUUCCAACGAGGCUGGACUCUACAGGAGCUUUUGGCUCCUGAUAAUCUUCGCUUCUUCGAUUCGGGGUGGCGCUACCUCGGAACAAAGGCAAUGAGAUCGGGCAUUAUUGACCGCAAAUUCAGAAUACCGCGUCGGUUCUUGCAAGGAACCCCGUUAAGUGAGGCAAGCAUCGCUCAACGUAUGUCCUGGACCUCCAACAGAGUCACAAAACGGGACGAAGACAUUGCCUAUUGCCUUCUUGGAAUCUUCGAUGUGACUAUGCCGAUGAUCUAUGGUGAAGGGACUGAUCGAGCGUUCACUCGUCUCCAGCAAGAGAUCAUGAAAAGCUCAAGGGAUGAGUCAAUUCUGGCGUGGGGUCUUUCCAGCCCGGAGCAUCAUCUGUAUAAAUUAAAUGUUGAUAGGACCUUGUCAGCCGGUGUACUUGCCGCGUCCCCCGCUGACUUUCGAGGUUGUGAGAAUAUUGUUCCGCGUAUGAACGGGACCAGGUCUCCAUGCACGUUCCAGAUUGAAGGAGGCUUGGUUCGAGUCAAUCUAUCUCUACACCAAGGCAGAAAUGGGCUUUUCGGCUUGCUCAACUGUGGGCUGUUAAGUCCGAACACUUUGGUAGCAAUCCCGCUUUUGAAAAGCCAGUCGAAUGAAUACUACCUUAGGCCACAAGAUCAUCCUGCAGUGAUUUACAACUCAAUUGCGACUAAGACAUCAGCUCAGCCGGUCCAUAUUCUGAUUGAACGGCAUAUGAAAACACCGCCGACAGCUAGCUAUAACAAUGAUUUCUUUGUCGAGGACCCUAUCGAAGCAGGGUUAGAACUUAUUGAAGUUGAACCUCCAGAUUGCUGGUUGCAAGGUCGGUCUAUUAUUACGACAUCGAGUGACCCUGCUGAUCAUGCUGUCCAAAAGCUCUGGACCCGGUUCCGCUCCGGAGGUGAAGACUCCAACGACUUCCUGGUGUUGCUCGAGUAUGAUACGCAGCGCCCCCAAGCGGAGGCUCGAUGUCACGUGAUGAUAUCUUCCAGAGCCACGUCCCUCCAAGAUCUGGCCCAGAGAUCCGGCUCUAUAAGAAAAGAAGCAUUCGGUAAACAAAGUGCCAGUGAUGGCAAGCUCAAUAUCCAGGCAAGCGUGGAACGAGACAACAUGCAAGAGAUAUUUGUGGUGAUAUUAGCCGCCACGGCGAGUCCGCCCAGUGUCACCAUUAAUGCCACAUUCGAGUUGGAAGUACUGACAUUCAAGCUUGAAGUGGAGGGCGUCAUGAAAGCGGAAGAUGAUUUGCGCCACGAAACAGACAACCUUAAUCAGCAUGAAUGGGAUAUAAACUCCUCCUUAAAAUAUGCCAAGGCAGGCUUGAAUGACGUAGAAGGGGAAAUGGAAAGGUUCAAUGCGCUGAAAUCCCGGCUACUCAACACGAUCAGCAAAGCGACACAGGAUACAGCAAAUGUCAAUACCCGGGCGGAGGAACUUAGGCAACGGCGAGCCAUUUUGUCGGAACGCAGACGGUCACUUGGAAGGAAAAUGGAUGAUAGGCAUCAAACAGUGUUGGAGACUGGAUAUGGUUUACCCCUGUAUCAAACUGGAGGCAGGGCGGCGGAAGCUGAGGCCGAAUUUGAGGGAUUGGUGAAAACUAAUAUUGAUUUAGUAAAACACAUCGAUGAUAUGUUAAGGUGUGAUGCAUUUCUUCGACUAUUUUUCUCCGAUAAAAAGAAAAAGGGUUUCCUGAUAUACUUAUGGAAGAAGGCCGAGCAUAUGUAUUCCGGCCACGGGUUGAAGGCUCACUACGAAAAGCCUAUGGCCUUGACAGUCAAGACGUCCAUAUACCAACAAGUGUUCUACUGCGAUGAUAGCUCAGGGAUGAGAUGCGAAGAUCGUUGGGAUGUCCAGAAAGAACUCGUCAAGAAGUUGGCCGGUGUCACCACUCAACUGCUCCCUGCGGGCGAAGGUGUUGGGCUAAGUUUUGUUAAUAGUGAAUUUGAUAUAUUCCCUAACCUCGCAGUUGACCAGGUGAAGAAGAUCUUGGAUUCCGCGCCAUUGAGCCCCAGUGGCAACACUACAAUUGGCACAAACCUAAGAUCUAGAAUUCUGGAGCCGCUAGUCUACAGCAAAGUCAGUUCGCAGAGACUUGAUAGGCCGCUGCUCAUAAUUAUAACUAUUGGUGGUUAUCCGGAGUCUAGAGCUGAAUCUGAAUUUGUGAACGCUAUCAUCGAAUGCGGCAGGAAGCUAGAUCUCGCUGGAUACCCCCGCCGCAGUACGUAA